AUGACCGUGAUAGCCGGGGAUAACAUGGACGAGACCUCAGCCCUGCCCGGCCAUCCUCAGGACAGCUACCAGCCAGACCAUGAUGAUCAUGAGUGCUGUGAGAGGGUGGUCAUAAAUGUGGCAGGGUUGCGCUUUGAGACCCAGCUAAAAACUUUGUCUCAGUUUCCCAACACUCUUCUGGGUAACCCCAAAAAAAGAAUGCGCUAUUUUGAUCCCCUUAGGAAUGAGUAUUUUUUUGAUCGUAACCGCCCCAGCUUUGAUGCCAUAUUAUAUUACUACCAGUCUGGGGGAAGGCUACGGAGACCAGUCAAUGUGCCUCUGGAUAUGUUUUCAGAGGAAAUAAAGUUCUAUGAACUUGGGGAAGAAGCCAUGGAGAAAUUUCGUGAAGACGAGGGCUUUAUAAAAGAGGAGGAGCGCCCGUUGCCAGAACGAGAGUUUCAACGCCAGGUGUGGCUUUUAUUUGAGUAUCCAGAGAGCUCAGGGCCAGCCAGAAUCAUUGCCAUAGUCUCAGUCAUGGUGAUCCUCAUCUCUAUUGUUAUUUUCUGCUUGGAGACUUUGCCAGAACUGAAAGAAGAUCGUAUUUUCACCCGCAAAAUGGGGAACAAUACAGUACAUUUCAAAUCUCACAUCUUCACAGAUCCAUUUUUUGUGGUGGAGACCCUCUGCAUAAUAUGGUUCUCCUUUGAGUUGGUGGUAAGGUUCUUCUCUUGUCCCAGCAAACCAGAAUUCUUCAAGAACAUCAUGAACUUCAUUGACAUAGUGGCCAUCAUCCCUUAUUUUAUCACAUUGGGGACUGAAAUAGCUGAGCAAGAAGGUCCCCAAAAAGGGGAACAGGCAACAUCUUUGGCUAUCCUGCGAGUCAUCAGACUGGUAAGAGUCUUUAGAAUCUUCAAACUCUCCAGACAUUCUAAGGGCCUUCAAAUAUUGGGACAGACCUUGAAAGCUAGCAUGAGAGAACUAGGGUUGCUAAUUUUUUUUCUGUUUAUUGGGGUCAUCUUGUUCUCUAGUGCAGUUUACUUUGCUGAAGCUGAAGAGGAUGACUCUCAUUUUUCAAGUAUACCUGAUGCUUUCUGGUGGGCGGUGGUAUCUAUGACCACUGUGGGUUAUGGUGACAUGUACCCUGUGACAAUUGGAGGCAAAAUUGUGGGCUCCUUGUGUGCCAUCGCUGGUGUGCUGACAAUUGCCCUGCCCGUACCUGUCAUUGUGUCCAACUUCAACUACUUUUACCACCGAGAAACUGAAGGGGAGGAACAGGCUCAGUUACUUCAUGUUAGCUCCCCCAAUUUAGCCUCUGACAGUGACCUGAGUCGACGCAGCUCUUCAACAAUGAGCAAAUCUGAAUACAUGGAAAUUGAAGAGGAUCUGCAUAAUAGUAUAGAUAAUUUUAGAGAGUCAAAUCUCAGAACUGGCAACUGCACCGUAGCAAAUCAGAACUGUGUUAACAAAAGCAAACUGCUGACAGAUGUGUAG